GAUAUCGGAACGCACAGCGAGGAAUUUUUCAACUUCACACAACUUGUGAGACCGGGGAAAUACAUGGACGUUGAGCAGUUUCUCAUGACAGAGAUGCCGUCCACCUGGGGGGAAACAACGUCAGGAUCGGACCACAUAGCUUGCAUUGGAGACAAGGAUGUCCAGACGCUGGUAGCCCUGACCUACGACGACUUUCCCACCAAGAGGCUUCACGCCUUCGCCCUGCAGUCGGGGGAUGUCUACCGCUGGUCGGAGGUCAACGAGCGGAUCGGCUCCAUCGCUGCGGCUCUCGUCUUCUCGGCUCUUCUUUGGAGCAUCGUCCUGAACAUAAGUCUGGCGUUGGCGCCGGUGCGCGAGGACUCUACCGGGAGGGCGCUGGUGGCAUGGCUAAUGAUCGGAGGGCCCAUGAUGAUCAUGAACUACAUCUUCCUAUUGGUGGGCCUGAUCCUGUUCUUCGUGACCCACGGCCGCCAGCUCAUGGCCGUGAGUCCCUUUUCCGGGGCGACGUCCGACAACACCGUCGUCGUCUCCUUGUUCAGCAUCCUCCUUCCCAUCUUUGUCGUGGGCUUGGUCUUGGGAGCUCUAUCCAAGAUCUGGGCCGACUACAAUUCGCCGAAGCUGGUAGCGGCCGGCGCAUCAGAGGGAGAGGAGGGAGGCCCGGAGGAGGAGGUGAAAGUCAAGACGGAUGGCGAUGCCGCAGGCGAGGAGCCGUCAUGA